AUGGCGUCGCUGCUGCUGGCCGCGGGCGCGCCCGGGGAGAGGCGCUGCCUGCCGCACGCGCGCAUCAUGGUGCACCAGCCAGCGGGCGGCGCGCAGGGUCAAGCCAGCGACAUCCUUAUCCAAGCCAAGGAAAUCGAGCGGCUGAGGGACCUCCUAGUCAGCCUCUACGAGAGGCACACACACAAGGACACAGACACCAUCUGCAAGACCCUGGACCGUGACUUCUACAUGGAUGCCCACCAGGCGGCGGCGUGGGGCAUCGUGGAUGAGGUAAUCGACAUGCGAUCUGACGCGACGUUCAUCAAGGAGUGA